AUGCCCGCCUGGAAGUCCCUUGUCAGCCUGCUGGCGCUGACCGGUGGUGCUAUCUCUUGCGCCCACCACGGCGAUACCGAGGUCGUCCCCGAACAUGAACGCGAGGAGUUGCUGAAGAAGUGGGAUCAGGAGUGGUCCUUCUCCGGCAUUGCCAGCUUUGCCCACCUCAACCCGGUCAAGUGCUUGAUCGAGCCGAGCGAGAACUAUGAUAUCGCCGUUAUUGGCGCCCCCUUCGACACGGCCGUCAGCUACCGACCCGGCGCUCGCUUCGGACCCCGCGCCAUUCGCGCCGCCAGCGCCCGCCAAAUGUCCGGAACAAGCUUCAACACCCGCGCCGGCAUAAACCCCUACAAAUCCUGGGCCAAGAUCACCGACUGCGGCGACAUCCCAAUCACCCCCUUCGACAAUGGACUCGCCGAGCGCCAAAUGUACGAAGCCUUCCUGGAGCUUGGUUCGCGCAAGACCGUCAACGUCGCGCCCAAGGGCGGCGAUAGCAUUGGCACCGGCCACCCGAAGCUCGUCACUCUGGGCGGUGAUCACAGCGUUGCUCUCCCCGCUCUGCGUGCCUUGUAUCAGAUUUAUCAGAAGCCGAUUACGGUUCUGCAUUUCGAUGCGCAUCUCGAUACGUGGAAUCCGGUCCGAUACUCUUCGUAUUGGCAGAGUGAGCAGACGCAGUUCAAUCACGGCAGUUUCUUUCACAAGGCUAGUCGGGAGGGACUGAUUUCCAACACCACCUCUGCGCAUGCGGGACUGCGCACGCGCUUGACUGGUGUUGAUGCGGGGGAUUAUACGAACCCCGGUCCUGAGCAGGGAUUUAUUCGGAUUCAUGCUGAUGAUAUUGAUGAGCUUGGUCCUAUGGGUGUUGUUGAGACUAUUAUUGCUCGCACUGGUCUUGAUCCUGAACAGCCUGUUUAUCUCUCGGUUGAUAUUGAUGUUUUGGAUCCGUCGACUGCGCCUGGAACUGGUACCCCCGAGCCGGGUGGUUGGACUACGCGCGAGUUUAUUCGUAUCCUGCGCGGUUUGGAGAAGCUUAACCUUGUUGGUGCGGAUAUUGUUGAGGUCUCGCCUGCUUAUGAUAAUAAGGGGGAGACUACGGCUCUUGCAGCGGCUCAGGUUGCUUUUGAAAUUAUUACUAGCAUGGUCAAGUCGGGUGUUAAGGAGGAUUUGGGUGGUUGGUAUGGUCGUUUGUAUGAUGGUGAGACUGCUGAGGCGGAGGCGAAGUCUGCUGAGGAGGUUACUCGUGAUGAG